UUUCACGUGAAAUGUUAUAUUCACUGGGUUUUAUUUUUUUAAUAUAAUUUUUAAAUAUAUAUGAUGGCAAAUAAUCAGGCAUUUAUGGUUAUAACAUGAUAUUGGAAUAAAUACGCUGCCCUAACAUUUCACUCGCUUCAGUUGCUAUGGCAAAUAUUUCCCACGAAUCUUUAAUAUGUUCAGAUUUGAACAAAAGAGAGCUCAAAAGAAUUCAAUCAUGUGGGCCUUACGACACUACCGACUUUGACAGCUCAAUAACCAUUGACAGCUAUAGGGAGCUUCCCCGAAAUGUGGUUUCUGGCUCAAGAAUUCGCUCUUCUAGCGUACACAUAGUAUAUGAUGAUCAAAAUGACGAAAAAGAGUCUGUUACGACACUGAGUUACAUAUAUAAGAAAAUCGCCGCCUUUUUCUUCGUUUUCAACAGGUUUUCAGUCUCCAGCGACAUACCAAGUGAUAUUCCAGCUGAAAUUCCGGUUGUUUCAAACGAGGCAAGCAUAGUUCCAUUCGUUAGGUCAUUUAGCAUGCUUUAUGAUUUGAGGCUUAAAGAUAAGAUUUAUGAUACCAUGGAUUAUUUAAUUAAGUAUAAUCGUAAGGCCACAGAUAGGCUGGUUGCAAUGAUUACAAGCGUUCCCCUACAUCUCGACAAAUUUGAUUUUUAUAAAUAUUUCACUAAUUUCGACUAUAGCCUAUCCGAGUGUUUCGCACUUUUUAUAGAACAACCGCCUGACCUAGACCCAUCGACGGUGGAGGCUUCCGAUUUGGAUAAAAUCCCCGACAACAUAAAAUGCGAAGUCGUUAAUAAGCGUUCUUUGGAAGUUAUUUCAGAAUCUGGACCAUAUAAAUGCCUAUAUGAACACAAUGUUGACUCAAUAACUGAUAACUCCUUACUCGACGAGAUGCUUUGUGGCGUUUCAGUGAAAAAGGGUAAGGUACGAUUCUUCCAUAAAAUAAAGAAUCUCGGCAGAAAAGACUCGAAAAAGAUGAAGAAUGAUGUUGAUGAGCCUGUCCAUGACUAUUUUAAACAAAGAUUUUCCACUUUUACAGAGUAUUUAUCUAAGCGCACUCGAGACAGUUCUGGAGAAAAUCAGAAUAAGUGGAAUGCUCGUACGUAUUUCAACGUUUUUUCUAGGAAGCCUAGCUAUCAGGACUCAGAGCCACAGGAUGAUAGUGCACGUGAGCGUUUUGAGGAUCAUAUCCGUCAUCACACAUUACACUGGGACGAGGUUCAAUACGAUGAUAUUGAGAUAAUUUUGAGAGACGACAAUGACAACUCCAUUGUAAAACUUCCAUACAGUUGUAGGAUCAUGUAGUGUUUUAUAUGGUUUCAAAACUUUAGUUAAUACUUAACACAUAUUUUAAUAUAAUAUUCAACAGCUAAACUACAUUGAAAUAUUUUAAUUUGGUA